CAAGACGAUGUAUAUUGGUUUAACCAUGGAGGGCAUGCAAAACUAUUCAGCCUGGGUCAACGGAACACCCCUCACAUUCACAGACUGGCUCCCUGGAAACCCUUCGCAAAUCGGUUCAAAGAAAUGCGUUGGCGCAUCUUCAUAUCACUGGAUGGAUAUUACUUGUACCGACGUUUAUAAUUACGCGUGCGAGGACGCAGACCCAUGCUUCAAAGUCUCCUCCAAAUACAAUGUUUCCAGUGACACGAAGACUUGGGGUGGCGCCAGAGCAGCCUGCAAAACGCUCGGUGGCGAUUUGGUCAGCAUUGACAGUGAAAUGGAAAAUUAUUGUGUUCUGGAUAAUAUCGAGCAAGCUGGCAAAAACUCGAGCAUUGUUUUCCACGGGUUGAACAAAAUGGGCCGGGUAAAUUACACUUCGCUUUACAGUGGAGCAAGUCCAACAUUUACAGACUGGAAAACUGGCGAGCCGGCGCAAUUCAGUUCAGAGCAUUGCGGUGCCAUUCAGAACAAGUAUUGGAUGGACACAUCUUGCUCCGGAGCAAACACUUAUGUUUGUGAAUUUCCUGCACCUGUUGACGUUUGCUCUAAGUACGCAUUCUUCGUUUCCACUGAUCAGAAACCAUACCAAGACGCAAAGUUUGAAUGCCUCAAAAGAAACAUGACCAUUAUUGAUUUGGAAACUGUGGAAGAAAACGCGUGCUUCGCUCAGUUCCUUGCAGAAAAGGGUCUUGAUACGACUUCAGUAACAAUUGGUCUUGAUAAAAGUGUGACAAAAAAUUACACGACGUGGUCAAAUAAUAAACCUUUGACUUACACCGACUGGGACGUGAACAACCCUACGGCGUUUGCUACAGAUAAUUGUGUUGUUGCACUUAACGGUCAUUGGCAAGAUGCUCUCUGUUCUGCCUCAUUCCUCUACGGGUGCGAGUCUAGCGACUAUAAAAACCCUUGUGACGGAUUUGGCAACUACACGAUUUCAACAACCUCCAAAUCUUGGAUAGACUCAUUGGACGAGUGCAAAAGAUUGGGAGGAGGUUUGACUUCAUUGGAGACGCCGGAGGAAAACUUUUGCGUCCAAUUAAUCAUCUAUUUGGCGGGCAAAAAGAGCAACCAAAUUUGGCACUCUUUGAACAAAAUGGGAUCCACUUAUUUCACACACUGGGGCAACGGUGAACUCCUGACCUACUACGACUUUGCUCCAACGUACAAUCCCAAUGGUUGGACGGGACAACAUUGCGGCAUAUUUGAUUCGGGACAUUGGGGUGACUACGCAUGUUCUGCGGCACUUCCUUUCGUAUGUGAAUUCAAUCCGGCACCAAAAGAGAUUUGCAUUGAAGGCCAAUUUCAAUCCUUCGGUGAAUGGCUCACUUAUGACAACGCAAAGCUCAAGUGCAUUUCAAAGGGAUUGCAGUUGGCGUCUCUUGAUACCAUCUUCGAGAGUUUCUGCUCGCAGAGAGAAAUUAUGAGGACAGGGCACAAUGGUGGUUGGAUAUUUGUUGGCUCUUCAAGGAGGGGUGAUACAUUCUACAAUAAAUGGGAUGAUGGGGUGCCUUUGAACUACUCUGUAUGGGCUCCGGGAGAACCAUCAGGGUUUGCUGGCGGCGACGAAUGUCUACUCUUUAUUGAUGGACAUUGGUAUGAUUUGAAUUGUGGUUCUCCUACGUGGUACGUUUGUGAAAAUACUACUGCUGGUUUUUAAAAUCUGCUAAAUUGAUUUUAUCGGAUUUAAUCACAUUCUCUCGUUUGAAUUUGGUUUGCUUUUCGAUUUUUUUAUUUAAAAUAAUCAUUAAAUUAAAGAUUUCUCAUACUGAUGGUA